AUGGAGAUGGCGACGUGGGACAGACGAUGGCAACCCCGUCAGCGCAUGAUCGCGCAAGAUAGUUGCAAUACGGAGGGCACCGAGUCGUUGGGUAUGGCAUGUGGUCGCAUCGUCGCCGGCGCGGUGCAACGCGCAAGUCCAACUGCCAGUUUGGGCAUAGCAGCGCUGCAUGAGCUGAGCCCACGAGAGUGGAUGUUCGCCAAGGGCUCGGCUGAGGAUCGCCGAAUGCUUAUCCAAAGCUUGUUCGCGAGUCUCCCAUGGCCCUUUGGUACUGAGCCGCGCAAAACCCCCGAUCCUCGGCCUCGUGCGAGCGUGGUGAGCACCUGGCCCCGUCCCUACGAGGCUCGAGGCCUUGGCUUUAUUGCUUGA